AUGGAGAAACAGAGCAUCAAGAACACUUCUUCAUCUUCUUGGAUUCGAGGUUCGUGUAUUGGAAGAGGAUGUUUCGGAACAGUAAGCAAAGCCGUGAGUAAAAUCGACGGUGGAGUUUUCGCAGUGAAGUCGAUAGAUCUCGCCACGUGUCUUCCUCAUCAGGCAGAGUCGCUCGAGAGCGAAAUCGGAAUCCUCCGCUCUCUCAAGUCUUAUCCACACAUCGUGAGAUUCCUCGGGGAUGACGUGUCAAGAGAGGGGACGACGUCGUUUCGGAAUCUCCACUUGGAGUAUCUACCCGAAGGUGACGUGGCGAACGGUGGUGGAGUCGUCACCGAGGAGACUCUGCUCAGACGUUACGUGUGGUGUCUCGUCUCCGCUCUCCGUCACGUCCACGCUAACGGAAUCGUUCACUGCGACGUUAAAUCGAAGAACGUCCUCGUGUUUAACGGUGGAAGCUCCGUGAAGCUGGCGGAUUUCGGAUCGGCGAUCGAGUUAGAGAAACAAGAGACUGCUGUGGUUGCGCCACGUGGAAGUCCGCUCUGGAUGGCUCCGGAGGUGAUCAGGAGAGAGUACCAAGGACCGGAGAGUGACGUGUGGUCGUUGGGUUGUACGGUCAUCGAGAUGCUCACCGGAAAACCCGCUUGGGAAGACCAAGGUUUCGACUCGCUGAGUCGAAUCGGGUUUUCAAACGAGUUGCCGUUUAUUCCGGCGAGAUUGUCGGAGCUUGGCCGCGAUUUUGUGAGCAAAUGCUUGAAACGAGAUCGGAGCCAGCGGUGGAGCUGCGAUCAGCUUCUGCAGCAUCCGUUUCUAUGUCAAGAAGAUCACUACUCGUUCUUCUUCACCGAGUCGUCUCCGCGUUGCGUAUUGGACUGGGACAACUCGGACUUCGAAGAAGAAGAAGAGAGCGAUGUCUCGAGAAUUGAAUCUACGGUUUCGACGAUGGCAAGGAUGAGUAAAUUAGCGACUGCCGGAGGGGCAAAUUGGGAAUCAAACGGUUGGAUUGAGGUUAGAAGCGAUGAUGCUUCCGAAGAAUUAGAGGAAAAAUGGGAAUAUCCCGUUUUAGCAAGGGCAGAAUCGGAAUUAAGCACGUCAUCGGAAGCUACUGUUGCAUCGUCGGGAAAUGAUGAGUCGACGUCGGUGAUGACAUGUGAAUUAUUAGUGAUGUUGUUGUUGUUGGUAUUGGUGGUAGAGAAUAUUCAGAUAUAUGCCACGUUUUACACCAGUAUUGUUAUUAUUAUUCGUAUUCUAUAUUGUGAUUAUCUUCAUCGACAUAAUAAGAAGAAAUUUGCGAAAAUCUGUCUCUUUUAUUCUCAGCCUUAA